AUGUGGUCGACGAAGCUGUUAUUGAGAACAAGUCGAAUACGGCGCUUACAAGGUCGAAGGCAUCUACUUUCACAGUCGUUUUCACUCGAAAAGGAUUGGGCAUCGAGACAUGUGGAGAUGGCCAAACUAGGAUUAGGUGGUGAUUAUGAAUGGAUUAGCGCUGUACAGAAGAAAUUCGUUGGUGGUGGUGUCGCAAGUGCCAUCGAUGUCGAUGUGGCUGUAUACAUUGCGGAACAGAAGGAUCAGGUUGAUGACGUGAUUGAAUUGAUAUAUAAGUUACGACACAGUGAAAACGCUGCUGAUUUAUUACCAUCAACGGAGUACGCACUAAUUAGACUCCUACUCCGGUACAAUCCAUCAUUUCUGUUCAAACUCGCGGAUGAUCCAGUACGUUUUCUAUUGAUCAUUUCGUCGAACGGGAGGAUUUUGGAGGUGACUCUUCCAAGCACUAAUAUUAAAGGUGCCGCUCGAUUAUCUGCCUGGAUAAUGCAGCAAGAAAUGACUGAAAAUGAACUACUGAAUCUUUUAGUUCUAUAUUCAUGUGCAAAGUGGGCAGAACUUCCUGCCGAGCAACAGACUAUGCCGUGUGAAGAAUCAGAGGAAGUGCAAGUCAAUGAAGAUGACAUUAAGACGUUCAAGUUCCCAUACUUAAAAAAUCCACACUUCGAUUCACAUUUCGACCUCACCGAUCCGCAUCUGCUGGCUGGUAAAACUCUUUUAUGGGUGGCACGUGAUUCAAAAUCUCUUCCUGAUCAGUUACAGCAGUCUUUAAUGCUGCUUGGAGCCGUUUUAUAUGAUAGGUUUGCUUUCUUUGUUCAGUUCGGAAAACGACGAAUUUAUCGAUAUCGUGCCAUACAUUUCACAUGGAUAUAUGUGCAACUCGAGCGCAAUCUUAUUCAGAUUAGAGGGAAGGAAGAGGAAGCGUUGGCUUCAGAACAGAAAGUAGAGUUCACACGGUGGCAUCAACGUCGACACGAUUUGAUUAAGGCACAGGCAGAUCGUCUUUUGCUGAAGAUUCGUGCUCGAGAAAUAGCAAACGAAUUGGCUGAAUUGGACCAUCACGAAGAGAAGCUCAAUUUCUUCGAGAAUCGUUUGAAAUGGGAGAAAAAGGCAAAGCAGAAUACCGAGCUCAUGGAAGAGCUUGCGGAAAAAGCACAGAAAUAG